AUGUCUCAAGCUCCUUUUGAAACUCCAGUUGCCCAGUCGCAACACUCCUAUCAGCCAUCUUCCGAUGUACCUACGUCGAACCCACCGGAAAGCCAUGGACAUGGCUCCCAUGAGACCUGGUCUAACGCUGCUCCCAUUAGGAACCGCGCUCUUUCCAUCCGUACCAAGACAAAAUCUACUCCCUCAAAGGGCCGCGGUCGUGGGUUUUCUUUCCUCUCUCUCCGCGAGUCCGUUCAGCCUGAGCUCUCUCGCAAGCUGUUCCGUCUGAUCAAGCUUGAGAAUGAUCUCAUUCACACACACGAGGCUGCGGGUCGCGAACGCACGGCCAUCGCCACGCAGCUCUCCGAAUGGGGUGAGCAGACCAGCGAUGAGGCUGUCAACGACAUAUCCGACAAGAUUGGCGUUAUCCUAAGUGAGAUGGGUGGAUUGGAGGAAACGUACGUCGCUUCGCUGGACUUGUCGCGCACUCAUCUCAAGAUGAUCCGCGACACCGAGAGGAGCGUUCAACCAAGCCGCGAUGGAAAGAGCAAGCUUUACGACGAGUUCCAGAAGCUCAAGGCGAAGGAGCCUCAGAGUGCCAGACUGGUCUUGCUGGAGCAGGAGCUUGUUAGAGCAGAGGCCGAAAAUCUGGUCGCCGAGGCGCAGUUGACAAACAUUACUCGGCAAAAGCUCAAGGAAGCAUACGAUGUAGAGUUCAGCGCAAUCAUAGAACGCGCCGAGAAGCAAAUCAUUUUGGCCAAGCAUGGUCGUCGUCUCCUGGAGCUUCUGGACGAUAAGGCGCUGUCGCCGGGAGACGUUCGCAUGCCCUAUGAAAACGGCGCUCAGGCUCGCCAGGUGCUGAAUGAUGCUGAAGAUGAUCUCAAGGAAUGGCAGCCAGAGCACCACCACCACAAGGCUGCAAGCGAAAACGGAUCAGAGACAUCCAAGGGCAAGAGUCCGCGGUACCCAAAGAUGUUGGUAAGCCUGCAUCCAAAAACUCCCUCAUUCAAUGGGCCAGCACUCGUGGUAGAUGUAUCCGGACACUCAGAGACCCAGUCCCAUAUUUCCGGCAGCCGUUGGGCACACCGGCACUGGAACAGGCCCCCUACGGACCUCGGUCAAUGGCCCCAAAGACCCGAAACUGCCCUGUUGGCCUGGGGCUCUGAAAAAAUCCGAAAAUCCCACCAGGCCGCCUUAAACCCAUUGGCCGUCCGCUGGGCCGGAGGACUCGCUCAAAAUCCCAUUGCACUGCAUUCCGACUUUCCUCGAGGGCGAGACGCUGCGGUUUUGAUUGAUGUUACCCCGACGAGCACUACAACUCAGGUGGCAGAGUCUGCGUUGUGUCGUCAUAUCGCCCAAUCAGAGCUGCGCAGCGUGGACGACGCAACGGACUGCUGCUGCACAGGCACCGACAGUGCAGGUACAGGUACCGCUGCCCCUAUCCCCAUCGCUAUCCCUACAGGCAUCAGCACUCCCAGCGCUGCUGCUGCUGCUUCGCUGGCCAGGAUGGGUCUCCGUGCCCCGCCCCCUCCAUCUGGUCAAAACUCCUCCGCCUCCUCGCAAGCUUCCCAACCCUCCCAGCGAACUGCGCAAAUUGCCCGUCACCUGGAGAAAAGCAGCGAUUCUUCGACUUCGUCUUCGUCUCCAUCCGCCACCAUGUCCAGCUACACCGUCCGCAAGGUUGCUGCCCAGAACACUCUGGAGCACCGCGUCUACAUCGAGAAGGAUGGCGUCCCCGUGUCGCCCUUCCACGACAUUCCUCUCUUUGCCAACCAGGAGCAGACCGUCCUGAACAUGGUUGUCGAGAUUCCUCGAUGGACCAAUGGCAAGCUCGAGAUCUCCAAGGAGGAGCUCCUUAACCCCAUCAAGCAGGAUAUCAAGAAGGGCAAGCUUCGCUUCGUCCGCAACUGCUUCCCCCACAAGGGCUACCUCUGGAACUACGGUGCCUUCCCCCAGACCUGGGAAGACCCCAACACUGUCCACCCCGAGACCAAGGCCAAGGGUGACAACGACCCUCUCGAUGUCUGCGAGAUCGGUGAGCUUGUUGGCUACCCCGGCCAGAUCAAGCAGGUCAAGGUCCUCGGUGUCAUGGCCCUUCUCGACGAGGAGGAGACUGACUGGAAGGUCAUUGUCAUUGACGUCAACGACCCCCUGGCCCCCAAGCUCAACGACGUCGAGGACGUCGAGCGCCACCUGCCUGGCCUGCUCCGUGCCACCAACGAGUGGUUCCGUAUCUACAAGAUCCCCGACGGCAAGCCCGAGAACCAAUUUGCCUUUACCGGCGAGUGCAAGAACAAGAGCUAUGCCAUGGACGUCAUCCGCGAGUGCGCUGAGGCCUGGGAGCGUCUCAUCACUGGCAAGACCCAGCCCGGCAGCGUCUCCACCACCAACGUGACUGUCCAGCACUCUCCCAGCCGCGUGGCCCCCGAGUCUCUGCCUCCCCUGCCUCCCCACCAGGACCUCCCCCCUGAGAAGAUUGACGCUUCCAUCGACAAGUGGUUCUUCAUCAGCGGUGCUUCUGCUUAG